CUGAUAUAUAAGGCUGAGACCGAGGUGCUGUCAGUCGCUGUGAGAGCCACACACAUCCCUCACCUACAUCCACACACACUCAACCACCCACGCACUCCACGGUUCCCUCUUCAUUCUUGCGUACAUCUCCCCGACAGUGUGGCCGGAUGAGUUACCCGGUGGACACGAUAGGGAGCCCCUUCAGGAGAGUUAUGGAUACAAGGACGAGCAGCUACGGCUACAGCCGCUCCGCCGCCGGAACCCCCUCCAGCGGCUACCGCUCCCAGUCCUGGUCCCGGGGCAGCCCCGGCUCCACCAUCACCGCGACCUACAAGAGGAGCGUGAACAUGCCGGCGUCCCGGGCUUACAGCGCCGCGGCUUACAGCGCCGCCGACAGCGUUGAUUUCAACCAAGGCACUACCGUGAUAAACGGAGACUACAAGCGAUCUAACGAGAAGGAGCAGCUGCAGGGGCUCAACGACCGCUUCGCCGGUUACAUCGAGAAGGUGCACUACCUGGAGCAGCAGAACAAGCAGAUCGAGGCAGAGAUCCAGGCGCUGCGACAGAAGCAGGUGUCCCGCACCCAGCUGGGAGACCUCUAUGACCAGGAGCUGCAGGAGCUGCGCUCCAUGCUGGAGCAGAUCCACCAUGAAAAGGCACAGGUUCAGAUGGACACCGAACACAUCGAAGAGGACAUCCAGCGGCUCAGGGACCGCUUCGACGAGGAGGCUCGCAUCCGCGAGGAGACGGAAGCCAUAAUCCGCGUCCUGAAGAAGGACAUGGGCGACUCGGAGUUGGUGAAGUCUGAGUUGGAGAAGAAAGUUCAGUCACUGCAGGACGAGAUCGCCUUCAUCCGCAACAACCACGAGGAGGAGGUGAGCGACCUCAUCGCCCAGAUCCAGGCUUCUCAGGUGACGGUGGAGAGGAGGGACCUGCAGAAGACGGACAUCACCGAGGCUCUGCGUGAGAUCCGCAGCGAGCUGGAGGGUCACUCCAACCACAACCUGCAGCAGGUGGAGAGCUGGUUCAUGUGCCGCUACGCCAAACUCACCGACGCUGCCGAGCGCAACAAGGACGCCAUCAAGUCUGCCCGGGAUGAGAUCUCCGACUACCGCCGCCAGCUGCAGUCCAAGACCGUGGAGCUGGAGUCUGUCCGCGGGACGAGGGACUCUCUGGAGAGGCAGCUGAACGACAUCGAGGACCGUCACAACAGCGACCUGGCCAGCCUGCAGGAGACCAUCCACCAGCUGGACAAUGAGCUCAAGAGCACCAAGUGGGAGAUGGCCCGCCACCUGCGCGAGUACCAGGACCUCCUCAACGUCAAGAUGGCCCUUGACAUUGAGAUUGCAGCAUACAGGAAACUCCUUGAGGGUGAGGAGACCCACUUUAGUACUUACCCCUACCGCCAGCCAGUGGCCUCCACCAAAAUCUCCAAGCCCAAAUCUGAAGCACCCAAGCUGAAGGUGCAACACAAGUUUGUGGAGGAGAUCAUCGAGGAGACAAGGGUGGAAGACGACAAGGUCGACAUGGACGAGGCCCUGGCUGAGAUUGCACAGGAGCUGUCCUCCACACUUGAAGAGGCAGGAGAGGCAGAGGAGGAAGCAGAAGAGGAGGAAGAAGAGGCAAAAGAAGAGGAGGAAGGUGAGGAAGCAGAAGGAGAGGGAGAAGAAGAAGAGGCAGGAGAAGAAGAAGGACAGGAAAAGGUAGAGGAAGAAGAGGAGGAAGUUAUUGGAGCAACUGAAGCCAAAGUAAGUGCCAGUGCUCCCAAGGGAGAAGAGGAGGAUGACGAGGGAAAAGGAGGCGAUGAGGAGGAAGAAGGUGAAGGUGAAGGUGGAGAAGAGGGAGAGGAAGGUGAGGGAGAAGAUAAGGAUGAGGGAGAAAAGGGUGAUGAUGCAGAGGGAGGUGAUGAAGCAGAAGAGGGAGGAGAAGAGGAGGAAGAGGAAGUGGUUGAGGAAACAGUUUUGUGCUCUAAAGCACCAGAUUCUAAAGCCUCCCCUGAUAAGGAGAAGGCUGGAGAUGAAGAAGAGGAGGCAGCAGAGGAAGCUAAGGCUGAAGAAGAGGGUGGGGAUCAGGAUGAAGAUGCAGGAGAUGAGAAAGACGGCAAGGAAGAUGAGAAGGCAGUGAAAGAUGAGAAGGCAGAAAAGGAAGUAGUCAAGGCAGAUGCUCCAAAAACUGAGAUCAAGAAAGAGGAAGCUCCUAAAACAGAGGUAUCCAAGCCAGAGUCUCUCAAGUCUGAAUCACCUAAACCAGAGUCUCCUAAGUCUGAAUCUCCCAAACCUGCAUCUCCUAAAGCUGAAUCUCCCAAACCUGCAUCUCCCAAGUCUGAGUCUCCAAGACCUGCAUCUCCUAAAUCUGAGUCUCCUAAAGAAGACUCACCAAAAGCUGGAUCCCCCAAACCUAGCUCCCCAAAAGCUGAAUCCCCUAAAGCAGAAUCUCCAAAGGCUGAAUCUCCAAAGGCUGAAUCUCCAAAAGCUGAAUCUCCUAAACCUGAGUCUCCUAAACCUGACUCCCCAAAAGCUGAAUCCCCUAAAGCAGAAUCUCCAAAGGCUGAAUCUCCAAAGGCUGAAUCUCCAAAAGCUGAAUCUCCAAAGGCUGAACCCCCAAAGGCAGAAUCUCCAAAGACCGAGAUGAAGCCCGAGUCUCCUAAAGCUGCUGAAGACAAGUCAGAGAUAAAAAGUGAGUCCGCACAGGACACAAAGGUAGAGAAGAAGGACGUGGCCAUGAAUGGUGACGUAGACAAGAGCAGCCCUGAGGAUGAAGACAAAAAAGACGAGGGCAAGGAAUCAGAUGUGAUCGCCAACGGCGUGGACGAGAGCCCGGUGAAGGAAGACGGCAGCCAGAAGGUGGUGAUCACCAAGACAGUGGAGACAAUCACCACAGGAGAGGACGGCUCCAAGCACGUGACCAAGUCAAUCACUGUGACCGAGACUGUGAAGGAGGUGGAGGAGACGCUGCAGGAGAAGAUGGUGUCCACCAAGAAGACGGAGAAACACUCUGCCCAGUCCAUCAAGCAGGUGACCGAGGGGAACUGAGCAGAACUGAGGAAGACGACGGCGGUCACGACGACAAGCAAUCAACUCCGAACUAACACAACAAUCAAAAAGUCAUACAGCUAGAGCAACGUAAUUACUUCUCAAACCUACAAAAACCGUAGAGAGUGACGCCAAAACUUUAAAAUGCUACCAGUUUCACAAAAUGCAUGUAGAGUGACAGCUUUCGACGGUGGAGAGGAAAAGUGACCGAAGACGAUUUAUCCUUGUUUCCUUCUUUUUUUCUGCAGUUCACCAGGGGGAUGGAGGGAGGGACGGGAACAACUCUGCAUGCUCGCUCAGGGGAGGGGAGCACUUUCCUCUCUUAUCUGUAUGUAUGGUAGAAAUACACUGUAAAAAAAUGAGUAAAUAUAUGACAAAUGGGAAUGAAUGCGUCCCUGGUUAGGGGAAGAGAUAGAAAUAUAUAUAUUAUAAAGCUGAGGAUUUUUGAGUUGAACGGGGGGCCGACAGGAGGGAGGAGCCUCGAAGUGAAGCCUUACUUUACACAUGAAGAACUGAGCCAAAAAGAAACCAACAACACAAAAAAAACCCCCAAAAAACAACAACAACGACAUGUCCGGAAGAGGAAGACAAAGACAAAGAAAGAGAAUGAGCGAAGGAGGCGGCGAAGGACACGACCAUAUACAUCCAAGUUACCGAAGCAAUCUCAAAGCUCUACACACCUGAAGAAGAAGAAAAAAAACUCCUAGCCUUAAACAUGCUUUUUAAUCAGUGUCUGUUAUGUUUACCUGAGUGCAACUGAAAAAUAAAUAAAUAUAUAUAUGUAUUUAACUGUAAAUGCGCAGAUGACAUGCAUUCUUGUAUGCAUAGGGUGGACUUGAAUUUAAAUACAGAAAUAAAAAUGAGGUGCUACUGUUUGCGAACCCCAUGACUUUACUCAUCACCGACGAUUUCCCAGCAGCAUUUGCUCAAUAAAUGUCACAAUGAAC